AUUGAAGUGAAGCGCUCAAAUGAAACAAAUUACGUGAAUUUUAAUUUCUCUGACUGGAUAGAGGCAGGCACAUGGAUAAAAUUCACUUGUAAGUAAUUGUCAUAUCAGUGCCUUAAUUCUAAUGUCAGUGUCGUGUAAAUGGGGCUUGAAGCCCCAUUUACACGACAUUCAUUUUGGGGCCGGCACUCCUAAAUGCUCGCGAGCCGUAAAUCUAGGGCACGGCCUGCGUCAUUUACACGACAAAGAUAAGGUCGAUUUGUUUCAACGUUGAUUUCGAGCAGGCACCCCGAACAAGGAAAGGCACUCUUAAAGUAUUGAGCCACCAGGUAUUUUUACAGCGGUUCCCUAGGCCUUCACAUAAAAUUCCUUCGAAAAGUCACCUGCACUUAUCGAUCAGCAAAGGAUUAGUAUAAUUUUUUGCGGGUUGUACAAAACAUUAAAGUCGAAGAAGAAAAAAAUGGCGGAUACACGAGUACGCGGGCCACUUUUUAGGCGGGCCAGGACCACCUCCGGAGGUGGUCCAGAACGCUUAAUAGGAUAAAUAACAUUUCCAAUCAUACAAACCGAAUUUAAGAUUUUCACUGUUUAAGAAACAUUUUGGCGGUGAAAAUCCUAAGAUUAAGGUUUGCAACCCUUCCCCGUUUAGGAAAACGUGUUUUGUUACGUCAUUGACGAAGCGGUGUCACGUGUUAUUUGAAAUCACGUUUCACGUGUUUUUUUCUUUGAGCCACAUUUGUAGCACUUUUCAAGAGCACUGAUUGAAGCAAACCGCUCUAAAUAGCAUUUUCUAAAAUAUGCAUAUUUAAUUAGGUAGUCAUGCCUUAAGUGGCCUGCGAAUAACUGUCACUUGUGUUAAACAGAUAAAAUUGUCUAGUGGUAAGAGGGGAAGGGGUUACAAAGAACGAGAAUUCGCGAAAUUCCCUCUACAGCCACUACUACACAAAUCCCUAACAACAAAACAACCGAAAUGAACGACAUAAGCAAACAGCACAGUAAAUAAGCUAAGACAGGGGAAAUCGAGAACAAUAACAAAAUGUUUGCUAACCCGGUUUUUAUAAAUCCAUGUAGAACUAUAUUUCAUGGAUGUAAUUGUUAACUGUCGAUAUUACAUUCAUUCAUGGCAGUAUUUAAUAUCAAUGUUAAAACUUCAACUGAGAUGGAUGCUGGGACCAACGCACAAGUUUUUAUCAAAAUACAUGGCAAGAUGGGCGUUACAACACAAUUACUUUUGGAUAAUCAAUCCCGAAAUGACUUCGAAAGAGGGGCGUAAGUAUAAUGUCCUCGUUGACACUAGUACAGUCGGUGGAGUGGGUGGGUGUUUUUUGUCAAAGUUUACUGCUGCAGAAUCGGAUGACCAAUCUUGGAGAUCUCUCCAACCCAUCCCCCCUUCUUUCGUUUUUGUUUUUUUGUUUUUUGUUUGUUUUUUGUUUUUUUGUUUUUUCAAAUCUUACGAAAGCCGAAGUCAACAGUUAACUUAUUUUUCAUGACAAAAACAAAACAAUCGAAAGAUCAAUGUUCAGUAAGUUUGAGAAUUGUGAAGUUGAGGCAAUCCCCUCACGGUUAAGAAUAAUUUAUGCCCUUUCAGGAUUCAUAACCGUUUAAUUUUAAAAUAAUGAAUUGAAGAAUUGUGUAACAAAUUAUUUAUCAGUCAUAUCGAGAUUUAUGAUCGUGAUUGUGAAGAAAAACAGACAACGAACUUCACUGCAGUUAAAACUAAUGUAAUAAUAGGCCACUUUCGAGUUCCAAAAACCCUCACUUUCAAAAUGAGGCUAGGUGCACAACCUUUCUUGUGAAAAUGAGUUUUAUUUGCAUGGGAAUGAAAACUGAUUUCGAUAUCACAGGCUGAACACCUACCCUCGUUUUGAAACAGAGGCCCGGGGGAAGUCGGAAAUGGCCUUUUCAUAGGCGAAGCGUAGUAACCGAUUUUGAUGUCUUUUUAGUGUUGACGUUUUUUCGAGAGGUGCUAAAGAUGUUGGAAGUGUGACUGGGUUGCAAGUCAAACUCGAUACCAUGUUAACAGAGACUGGCGACAACGUCAGUAAUCCCAGCUGGUCUUUUGUCUACGUGAGUAAUUACUUAUUAUAAUGUCAUAAAUGCCUUUUAUAGUGAUUUCUGAUAUCACAAGAGGCAUUUUGAUGUUUUAAAAUUAUAUUUAGGUAGGAACGUCCAGUUUGGCUAUCGCUUGUUUAAACAGGAUCCUGUAAAGAACUAACGUGAUAAAUGCACAAUAGGUGUGGUUAUACUAGCCUUUUUACCAAUGGGCAUGGAACGGCUAUUGCCCACAGGAAAGCAACUUUUUGUGUGUGACCACUUUUUCCAAGGUGACAUUGCCUGGGGGGAAUUUUCAUGGAUGCGUCAAAAAUACAAAAAAAAGAAAAAGAAAACAACAACAACAACAACAACAACCACAAACAAACAAACAAACACAAAAUUUCCAUGACAGUUCCUGAGGUAAUUUCUAUGGGUUAAAUAAGAACCCGCAGCUCAACCAAUCGCAAAAAGUGAAAUGUGCCAAAAAGUACACACAAGCGUAAAACAUGACAUAUGAAAAUAACUUUAAGAAACAUUUGCUCGAGAAAUUCUUAAACAUUAAUGCAAGUCGCAAACAUCUCAGUAUUAAGGACAUUUUAAGGUACCUUUUUCACUUUGUAUCUCGAUUGUACUGUACUAAUUAGGUAGCUAUUUUUAACCGUUUUCAAUUUUUACCCUCUAACUUCCUUUUCCUAUAUCUUUUACAUUUUAGAUUUUUGUAGAUUGGCCCCACAAUGUAAACUACUUGGCAAACCAGUAAUUGUGAAAGCCAUUAAAGUUUUUUUUAUUUAUUUAUUUAUUUACACGCCAACUUUUAAAUAAAGCACGGCUGACUCAAAAUACUCGGCGAAAUUUAUAUCUGUUCAAGCUCUUGCUCCAUUUUUUUUUCUCUCUCUCUCGCACACACACUCACACACACAAAACAGUCUGUAAAGUGACGGCAAUCUUAUGGCUGAGACCGGACAAUUGCCUACGGACUGCAUUAGCUGCUAUCUUAUCUUUCUCGCUUAGUUGCAAUAUUGUGAAUAAACAUAUUAAUGGUGUAAUUUAUGAGGCCAAUUGGAUAAUUAAGUCGGGAGAAUAUAGAGCUUAACUUGGUACAUUCCUCAUUAAACGCUUCUGUCGUAGAUAACAGGGCAUAGGCGCGAUGUAACAUGGUCUUCAAUAAACCGGUUUUGGAACGUUUGUCUACAUGGCUUUCAAAAUGCAAGAGCAGACCAUUGUUGGUCGCCUUUCUUUAAACACGGGUUUCUAUUUUCUCCCGACUUGAUUAUCCAAUUGGCCUCAUAAAUUUCACCAUUGCUAGGAAUACGUGUAACUGUGGAGGGGAGGCUCAUAAAAUGUCAGGGAUGGAAGGAGAGAGACAAUCGAAGUAAAUUGUGUAGCUUGGGAGGGCCGGUUUCAACACUAGCUCGAAUAUUGGAAUGUGAGAUUUACUUAAUCUCAUCUUGGUUCGAGUAAAUUUGAACCCAGUGAUCUGUCGUUAAAAAGGAUGUGCUGGGGUUUUAAUGGGGUUGGUCAGUGUUAUGGAAGGGUAGCCAAUGUUUCAUAGGUCCCGUGUUCGCCCCAUUUGACCCUCCUAUAUGUGUUAUGAAUAGUCAAAAGAAAAUGGGUGUGAUAGUGAAUAACUGCGCGAAAGAGAGGUAAAUAUACAGCUAACCCAGGCCAUCUUUAAUAAUAAGUUUAAUAAUAAUUACUUGUGAAGUGGGUAAUUAGUAGUGCAGUGAAAAUAACAAGUAAAUGCAGGUAAUUGAGGAAAAAUAUUUAUUGUUAAGGGAGCUAGAUCAAUGAGAGUGUUUGCACUAUUGUUGUAGUACAUAAUCCAGAGAUGCCAACCUCUGGAAAUCUAAAAUCUGGAGACUCUCUCUUUUGCUUCCCCCGCCGCCCCCCGCCCCGAAUAUCAAUGAUCACCUUCCCCCCCUCCCCCCAACCCAUAAGCACAAUUCGAUCCAGUCCCUAAUCGACUUAGGAAAUUAUAUGAAGUUUUACAUGGGGGACAGAACCAUCACAAUUAGUAUUUGUGAUUGUAAUGGAGAAAUAAUCUUUGUCAGUGAUAAAUUACGUGCGAAAAUGCUCCAGAAACCAAACUUUGAAUCAAAGAAAAAUCGAAUUUUGGGAGAAAAUGGGAUAAAUUCCAAAUUAAAGCACAGAAAAGCUCAUAACUCGAUUUUAUCCGGGAGAUUUGGUGACUCUUACGGGAGAAGAAUGUUGUCGUAUCCGGGAGAUUUGGCAUGUAUGAUAAUCACACUUGACAACUAAUUGUUUUUAACAGUAAGGUGCAAACGUAAUCACUUACAUUGAAAUAGAAAUUACAUGUAGCAAUGUCAUUAAGGAUGCAGUUGAGGAGAAUUGUGAUUAUGAUGAUUAUUGAAUAUGCGGUAUCCUCAUUAGCACUGAAUUAUCCCUGUAAAGAAUACCAAAUCGUUUAUGAAAGUGUUCACAUUUAUUUAUGUACAUGCAUGAGAAACAAAUACCUAUGCAAUAGUGAAUUUGCUUGAAAUGUCCACAUACAAGUCAUGUUGAAGAUGAUCAGUUUCUCAAUUUUCAACAUCUAUGAGCUUGUUGAGACAUGGCUGCCAGAGGAAUAGUUUUUAAAAAUUCCCAGACUGACAGGCAAAUGUACACUUUCCCUGACCAAAUGAAUUGACAGUUUGUCCAGAUAUUAAUGGCUUUCAAAUUCCACUCAAAACUUCGUGUACUGGACACAGAUGACGUAAAGCAAAAGACUUCGUUGUUUUCUGUUCAGGGAAAAUCUGCUUGUUAUUGUUUCAAGGCUGUUUGCUCUUUUGUUUUACGUCAUCUGUGUCCGGUACUCAAAAUAAAUGCCCAAAGUCCGAUCACAACCAUUCUCGCCACCCAUCUUUUACAUGAAUUGAUUGUGAAUGCAAAGCACAGAAUGGACUGAUUUUAUAGGAAACCCUAUACCUGCUUGUCGUUUAAUUUGUGGAAGCAAUAUCUUGCUAAUGGAAUAUGUUUAACUUCGGUGAAUAUGCAGAAAUACGUUUACCUCCCUCUGACUUCUUUGAAAGAGUCCAAUUUUCCCGGACUUAUACUGAAGUUCCCUGACUUGAUAAAUUGACCCUUACGGGUAAAAGAAUCAAAUUUUCCUGGCAUUGUAACAGAUGUGACACAUUAAUAUUGCGAGGAGAUCCGAAAUACAGAAAUUCUUUUCCAAUAAACAGGAUCUAAAAUAGGAGGCCAGCAAGAAAUUUUUGUCAUGCUUAACUUAAAAGACACAGCUGUGUUUAAGCUGCUAAUCAUACACAUAUAUUUUUACUUGGGAUGGUUUUUGAGAAGUAAAUGUAAUAAAAACUGUAAACGAAAAUUUUGCAGUGUAAUUGUAGUAUUUUGUCGCUGCCUCUGGACAUGUUUGCGGUCGCUGUGUUGACGAGUUGCCCUCGCUGUGCUAAGCGAUGUUCUUUGUGCUUUGCGCGCGGCUUCUUGUUGUCGUCGUCUUCUCCGCUCGUGAUGAAUUUUAGUCGGCGUUCUCCGGAGGAGUCUCGGUUGAUAAUGGAGGAUUUCAGCCACUUGUUGUGCUUGUUGUUUUGUGUCAUCUAAGUGGGAAAUUGCUCGUGAUUCACCGAUUGUAUAUGAUUGUUUCAUGGAUGAACAAUUACAUGAGCCUUUCAUGAAUAAUACAUGAAUGCGUUGGUCAUCAGCGGCAAAGUCUAUGUUGUCUGGAACGCAAAAUGCUCCAUGACGUGGCGUUACAUGACGUCAUUUGCGGAGACCAAGCAUAUAUUCAUAGAGAGAUUUAUGGCGAUCAUAUUUUGCACCUGGCUAAGACCACGCGCGGCUCACGCUUCACGAGCGACUAGAUUAUAAACUCGCUCCGCGAAAAAUAUGGUUUGUACUCAUAGAACAUUUAUACUGUAUUUUUUUUCUCUUGAUAAUGACGUCCGAGAACGUCGAAAUAUCGAAUAUUUUUAAACUUUCUUUAACACUGCCUUAAACGUUUUUAAGAAAGGUUUCUUCACAUUUUUUUUAUAGCUAGAUAACAAUAGAAAUAGUAAUGAUGAUGAUGAUAAUAAUAAAAAUCAUAGUCACAAUCAUAAUUUAAAAUAAUAAUGAUAGUUGUAGUCAUGAUAAGCAUGAUGAUGAUGGCGACAAUACACGCCAUUAACUCUGGGACAGCCUUGGUAUAAAUGGUUCGCUUAGCUUAUACCUUGCAUAGGAAGUAUCUCGUCAGCUGUAGUAAUUCAUUUCUAUAUCAUCUAUUUUAGAUUGAAGGGAAGCGCUCAAAUGAAACAAAUUACGUGAAUUUUAAUUUCUCUGACUGGAUAAAGGCAGGCACAUGGAUAAAAUUCACUUGUAAGUAAUUGUCAUAUCAGUGCUGUAAUUCUAAUGUCAGUGUCGUGUAAAUGGGGCUUGAAGCCCCAUUUACACGACAUUCAUUUUGGGGCCGUCACUCCUAAAUGCACGCGAGCCGUAAAUCUAGGGCACGGCCUGCGUCAUUUACACGACAAAAAUAAGGUCGAUUUGUUUCAACGUUGAUUUCGAGCAGGCACCCCGAACAAGGAAAGGCACUCUUAAAGUAUUGAGCCACCAGGUAUUUUUAAAGCGGUUCCCUAGGCCUUCACAUAAAAUUCCUUCGAAAAGUCACCCGCACUUAUCGAUCAGCAAAGGAUUAGCAUAAUUUUUCGCGGGUUGUACAAAAACAUUAAAGUCGAAGAACAAAAAAAUGGCGGAUACACGAGUACGCGGGCCACUUUUUAGGCGGGCCAGGACCACCUCCCGAGGUGGUCCAGGAACGCCUGAUUUUUUUCGGACUGUGUGCCAGAAAAAUUGCAUUUACACGGCAAAAAAUCAGGCGGACUGUGCCAAAAGUAACGGCCCGCGUGGCCAUUUUUAGGAGUGCCGGACCCAAAAUAAAUGUCGUGUAAAUGGGCCUUUAGUGUACCUAGUUUGAUUUUUUUCUUUCAAUUUGAAAAAGCUUCUGCAGUUAAUACUACACAAAAUUGGACGUUUUUUUAUUGACUUUUGAUAUAACCUUCCUUUAUGACAGUGUACUAUACUGAAGUUGCUACCUCUGACAAGACGGGUGCUGCGACGGACGCAUACAUCUAUAUUAAAAUACAUGGCUACACCAGCGUCACAACAGAAAUGCUUUUGGAUAAUCCAGGAGAUGACUUUGUUGAAGGAGCGUGA